AAUCGUGCCGCUAGUAUCGACCAGCUAGGCGUAUUAUAUUCGUACUCUGCGUUCUAGAAUGACUCUUCUGCCCGAACUAGCUCAAAAUUUCAGGAAUUCUACAUAAUUGAAGGUAUAAAAUCAGGAUAAUUAUUUAAACUAAUUAAGAUAAAUGUAUGGUUAUGUAUUAAAUUACGUAACUUAUCGCUCUAACUGUCUAUAUCGUCCUCUUCAAAAUGCAAUGAUAAUGAAUGGAAAUAAAUUGGGAAACACCUCCCCCUCUCAAGUAAUUUUGCAUAGAUAUGAACUAAAUUGACCUAAAUAGAGGUCAAGAACUGACAGAACAAUGAUAGUAGAUAAAAUUGUUAUAUUUUGACAAUAGUUUAUCAAAUAGGAAAAGUAUAUUUGAUACUAUUAUAAAAUAGUUAAAGAUGUCUUGAUAAUUAUAGGUGGCGUUAAUUUGAAUUAAACUGAAAAGGUCUAAGUCUAAAAACGCUCAUUCAACUUUUCAAACGUAAAGGAAUAAUAAUGGCUGCUAGCUGGGGUUAUUUGAACACAAAUGGACCAGAUACUUGGUCUGCUGACUUUCCUGCUGCUAAAGGAGACAAACAAACGCCGAUCAAUAUUGUUACAGGAGACACGAAAUUGGAAUCCAAUUUGAAGUCUAAACCGAUUAGCGUCUCCUACAAGCCCGAAAAUUCUAGAAAAUUGAAGAACACUGGUCAUUCUUGUCAAGUUGUUAUUGACGGAGAAGGCUCUAGCCUAAAAGGAGGACCUUUAGAGAGCGAUUACAAAAUAGAGCAAUUCCAUUUUCAUUGGGGUAAAAGUAAUGACGUUGGUUCUGAGCAUACAAUCGAUGGAGAAAUGUUUGCUGGUGAGCUUCACCUCGUACACUGGGAUAGUUCAAGAUUUGGCAGUUUUGCUGAGGCUGUAGACAAACCGAGUGGCUUAUGUGUCCUCGGCAUUUUCUUAAAGAUUGGACAAGAAAAUGAAGCUUUGAAGAAAUUGACUGAUCAAUUUAAUAACAUAAAAGAGCCAAACGCAAGUAUUGAUUUGGUUGGAGGCUUUGAUCCUGCAUCUCUUCUGCCGGAUACGGAACGUUAUUGGACUUAUGACGGUUCGCUAACAACUCCCCCUUGCUUUGAAUCGGUUAAAUGGGUCCUGUUUAAAGAACCUAUCGAAAUUUCUGAGGCUCAACUCAACGAAUUCCGAUCACUGUCUUCCUUAGAUGGCGGCUGCAUGGGUAACAAUUAUAGGCCGGUUAUGCCAUUAAAUGACCGCCAAGAGGUUAUGAUUAAAAACUCUGCCGAAUACAUUCGGUGUAACACCGAUUGUAUCGACGAAGAAGAAACAAAUAUAAUUAGAGAGAAAGACACUGUUGUGACAAUAAAUGAAAAUAAAGGGAUUACCAGGAAGAAAAAACCAGUUGUUGAGAGGAAAGUCAGCAGAUUUACUGUUAGUUCAUGUACAGAAAAUGACAAAGAUGGGGACGGUGGAUCUCGACAAUUACUGACCCCAUCGUCACCUCAAUCAGAUCCAGUUUUUAAACAGUUUUUUAAUUCUCCGUUAAGAGCCGAAAGAGGAUCGUUAGACUCUUCCGGAUAUUUUUAUGAUCCAAUAGCCAAUAGAUCACAAAAUCAUAAGACAAUUCCUCCAUCGAAAUUGGUUACAUCAAAAUUUAGACAAUUCCCUUCCAAUGAUCAGGAUUGCACGGACGCAUUAGCCAAUAAUAACAAUGUAUCGUUUGGCAAUUACUCGACUCAAAGGAGAUCCUCUUCAACUGAAUCAGAGCCUUCCAUGGCGUUCAUUUCGUCAAAUCAGACUAUAACACCUCACAAAAGAGGGACGUUAGUAAGGAAGUUGAGAAAGAGAGGACUACAAUAUUCAGAGAGGAAAAAAGCUCGUUUGGUUAAUCAGGACGGAACAUGUAAUAUUAGAAGUGCAAACUUUAAAAAAAAAGCGUUUAUUUUCGAUUUUUAUUCAUCUGUCCUUGACAUGAAAUGGCGUUACAUAUGGACUUUUUUCAUUCUUGCUUUUCUACUAUCUUGGCUUAUCUUUGCCGUGAUUUGGUACUUGAUCGCUUUCAGCAACGGUGACCUCAAUUUUCAAAGAGGAGAUAAUACUACACUAAAGGAGGAUGUAUGCAUUGAUAAUGUCGACAGCUUCACAACGGCUUUGUUGUAUAGCCUAGAAACUCAACAAACAAUUGGCUAUGGAGGAAGGGCAUUAACAGAUAAAUGUUACUCAGCAGUUGUCUUACUUAUGGCCCAGACAAUGAUUGGAGUUAUUAUUCAAGCUCUUUUGGCGGGUGUUAUUAUUGCUAAACUUUCACGGCCUAAAAGUAGAAAAAGAACUGUACUGUUCUCCAAGAAUGCGUUAAUAACACGAAACGAUGAUCCGACUGAUCCAUUGAAACUAGUGUUUAGAGUAGCUGAUAUGAGGAAAUCACAUCUCAUUGACGCUAAUAUAAAAGUGACAUUGGUAUCUCAUAAAGCUUAUAAAAACAGUUCCAAACAACAAUUAUAUCAGGAACCAUUGAAUGUUGUCACAUCAGCUGGAUGUGAUGGGAAAGUUUUCAUGGCAUGGCCUAUGUAUGUAGCGCAUACCAUUAAUGAAAAUUCUCCCCUAUACGAUCUGUCGGAGGAGAGUAUUCUCGGCGCUGAUCUAGAAAUUAUUGUUGUGCUAGAGGGAACUGUUCCAUCUACUGGUAUGCUAACGCAACUUCGAACCUCAUAUCUGGCUAGUGAAAUUCUUUGGGGUCAUCGCUUUUUACCACUUUUAAUGGAGAGUAAUGUAGCAAUAUACGAGGUUGACUAUUCUAUGCUCGAUUUAACAACUGCUAUUGAACAUUUUCCAUCGUGUUCCGCAAAGGAAUUAUCUUGCAUAAAUAAUAAACGACUAGCUUUGUUAAAUCCAGAUAGGAAACCAUCAAUUUGUCAAGCAUCUAAAGAUGGCAGCACCGGAUUUCACAUUUCCGAAAAUAUUUGA